GUUGCUCACAAACUGCUCAGCACUGCUACUAUGUUGAAACUCAUAUCCCCCAGUGGGGCUGCUUCAUUCAAUGGCACAAGAUUGAUACACACUGCUGCCUCAGUCUACGAGAGACAGGCCUUGAGCUCUCUCAAAUCUCGGUUGGGUUAUUUCAAAAAGUCUGACAAAAUCAUCAAGCACAGCAAGUAUGAAGAUGAAGUGAAAAAUAGGAGGAUCAAGAGCAAAAUAAUACAGACUGGCCUUCAGCCCUACUCCAGACAAAAGACAAGUUAUUUGUUGAAAAAUGACUUUGGUUACAACGACACCCUCGAACAGCUACGAGAAAGCGAUAUCAACAACCCUAAAAUUGUUAGAAUCUUGCAAUCAAACGACCAGAGGUUGAUUUACUCGUAUCUUGGUAUCAGUGGAUCGAAGUUGACAGACUCAGUGAUUGUUCAAACAAAGGUUGGCAAGCUUCUUGCAAAAGACCAGGUCGCAAAGGCAUUGUUUUUUUGCAAAUUGGCUAAAAAAAGAGGUAUCGUUGGGAUGAAUGAUGUGAUGAAAUAUUAUUUGGAAAAAGGCAAUGUGAAAUUGGCUUUAGAUGUUUAUACGUGGAGAAGAAGAUGGAAUAUACCAUCAAAUGAGCAUACCUUUACUAUUUUGUUCAAAGGAUUUUCAGAUGUAAAAGGUGGUUUGACUGAAAAUCAGUUGAAAAAAAUCGAUAGGUUAUACACCAACUUGGUUGAUGAUUACCGAAAUAUUUCAAGCAUAGACAAGACAAGUAUGUCUCAGAGACAGAGAGAUAUUGAAAAUAGUGAAGAUGACGGGUUGCUUGACCAACUAAAAGGUUAUGAAGCACUAGAAGAAGAAUAUGAAACCCCAAAUAAUGAAGAUUUAAAAGAUUCAGAAGAUUCAGAAGGUAAAGAUAAGAAAAUCUCAGCUAGUCAUACAACCAAAAUACAACUAUCCAACAUUCAUAUAAACUCUGCUUUAUCAGCAAUGAUGAAUACAACAUCAAUCGAACUCCAAGAAAAAUAUGCAUGGACAAUUUUUGAUUCACUACCAAAAUAUGGACCACAUUCCUUUGACAAUUUUACAUUAUCUGCCAUGUUCACUGGUUUAUUGAAUAUAGAGAUCAAGGGCAAAACAGAAGAGGAAUACAUUUUAGAAAAAACACAAAAACUAUGGGAUUUGAUCAACGAUAAGCUUGAGCAAUCUGAAAAGAGAAAAUUAAGUGAAAAAACACCUAGUGGUGCUUUUAAACUUGAAAAAUUUGUAUUAUUGUCAUAUUUAACGCUAAUGACAAAGUUUAAACAUGAUCUUGAACCAUUCAUAAUGCUACAAUUUUUGGACGAAUGGUUUAAUUUUGAGUCAAAAUUAUUAAGAAAAUUUAUUGUCUCAAAGAAAAUCCAAAAUAAAGAUUUAUUAAUUAAAGUUCCAGAAAAACAUAUUGUGUUCAAGCCUUCAUCAAAAGUUUUAACGCUCUUAUUGAAUUAUUUGUCAAAAUGUGAGAAUAAUAAUUUGAUUUCUCAAAACGAUUUAACAGAAAUAUAUCAUGAAGUCAUGUUCAAAUUUCCAUUUUUUGUUGAUGAAUAUGGCUUAAAAGAAUGGUUGGAAACAUUUUAUAAAAUGAACAGUUUUAAUUGGAAAAUUGCACCUGUUUUCAAAAAAGAAAUAGAUAAAAUUUCCGAGAAUAUUUUUGAUAAAGUUAAGAAGAAUGAUAUCUUUAAUGAUCCAAACAACAAGUUUAGAAUAACUGUAAAUAAAUAUAUUGUGAAAGCAUUUCGAAAAGGAUUGGAAUAUGAACCAAGAAGAUAUAACGAACGAAGAAUUAUCAAUGAUUUGAAAGAGUUUCGAAAAUUAAAAGAACGUCAAUUAAUAGAUUUCAAUAAUAAUAAGAAAAGUGAAGACUUGAUAAAAAGAUAUAUUGAAGAUAAAAAAUUAUCUCAAACAAGUAAAUUGUUUAAAGGGUUGGAUGAAUUAUCGUCAAAAUUUUUCUUUUUAAAGAGUUUUAAUGAACAAGAAACAAAAAUGUUUUAUUCUUAUAUGGAAUUGAUUGACUUAUUUGAUGAAAAUAAAUUGGAAAUAAAAUUCAAAAUUGAAGUUUUAAAUAAUUUUUUUCAAGAAACUGAAAUUUGCAAACUAAAAAUAAAGGAUAUAAUAAAAGAGUAUUAUAAUUCUAAAAAUUCUGAAAAAAAACAAUUUAUGACAUUUGGUUCUAGCAAGGCUGAAGAAGUUUUUGUUAAAGAAUUAUUGUGUUUCGACAAACUAGAUAUGUUAAGAAUAAUUUAUUUGGAUAUUAUUCCUAUUGUAAUGGGGUUAGCUGAAGAUAUCAGCAAGAAAAAUGUUCAAAUUGAGAAAAAAAAAGAGCUUCUUGAUAAUUUACACGAGUUUAAAUUACAGCUUUUUGAAGAAAUCAAAUUUAUUGAAGAUUUGAUAUUUAGGACUUAUAAAGAAGCUAAAGAAAAGAAUUACAAACUCAAGGGACUUCAGAAAAUUUCAAAUUUGAAAGCAGACGAGUUUAUUAAAUAUGGCAGUAAAUAUAAGAAGUACACUGGGUUUUCUAUUCCAUUGGAAUACAAAAAACUUACACAAACAGAAAAAUUGAGUUUUGGUGACAAUAAAACAUUGAUGAAAAUAGCAGUGGAAAUUGAAGAUUUCAGUUCAAAAAUUCGAAAUAAUAUUAAAAACAUGAUCAAAAAUGAUUUGAAAAUCGAGUAUAGAAAAAGAAGCCCUGAAUAUGAGGAACUACACAAGUUUUUGACAAACAAUUAUGUUUUUUAAAUAUAAAAACUUUCUUAAGAUAUUCUUAUUUGUAAAUAUUGUAC